AUGGACUCCGAAGUCAAGUACCUUCUCUCCCUGCGUGCCAUCCGGGAGCGUGCCAAGAUUGUUGGGGAUGUCGCUAAAGCCGGGGACUUGAGCCACUUUGAGGUUCGGGAAGACAAGCUGGACGAGGUCGUUGAUUUCGUGGCUUCAGUUAUCAAGCGCGACUAUGGCCCAGACAAGUUUCACACAAUUCCUCCCCAUGGGCGUUGGCAGCACUUUGAAGUCGGCAAUGUGCCGCGCAUCACCAACGUUAUAGAAGAGUGGCAGGCAAGUGGGAGCGAUGAGACCGAGGUUACUCGUCGCCUCAUUGACCUGUUUUUCGUCUCUGUGUUAUUGGACGCCGGUGCAGGUGAUCAUUGGCGAUACAAGGAGCCCAACACCGAUCAAGUUUACGAGAGGAGUGAGGGUAUCGCCGUGGCCAGUCUCCACAUGUUCAACUCCCUGGCCUUCACGACGUCAACUGACAAAGCCAACCCCAUAGUUGACGGAAAGGGCUUGGAACGUUUGGAGACAAGUGCACUUGCAGAUGGCUUCCAAGUUUCAGACAGUAACCCCAUGCUGGGAGUUGACUCUCGCGCCGGUCUCCUCAGGAGCCUGGGACAGUCACUUCUGGCUCACCCGGAAGUAUUCGGAGCUGAAGGCCGCCCAGGUAACCUCGUUGAUUAUCUGGUUGAAUCUGCAAAGGGAUCCUCCAAAAUCGACGUACUCUAUCUCUGGGACAUCCUACAGACCCUUUUGAUUCCUGCUUGGCCCAAGGAUCGGACGACCAUUGGCGGAACGCCCAUUGGUGACGCGUGGCCGUUGAGCACUCUACGCAAGGGAAAAGGCGUCGAUAAUUCCGACUCCCCUGCCGCUGGCAUCCAGCCCUUCCACAAGCUGACGCAAUGGCUCACAUAUUCUCUGAUGGUCCCAUUUCAACGGGUACUCGGUAUAGACUGGGUUAAUGCCGACUCUCUCACCGCCUUGCCGGAGUAUCGCAAUGGCGGCCUGUUCGUUGAUAUGGGUGUUCUGUCCCUGAAGAAAGAGACGUUGGAGCGAGGCUUGAAAGCGUCAGGCAGCGAGCUGCCAAUGUUUGAGGCCGGUGACGAUGUUAUAGUGGAGUGGAGGGCCUUGACGUUGGUGUUGAUCGAUAUUCUAUACGGCAAAAUUCAGUCUCGGAUGGGAGAGGGUGUGCAGCUGAGCAUGGCACAACUGCUCGAGGCGGGAACAUGGAAAUCCGGGCGCGAGACGGCAGCAAAGUUCCGGCCACGUACGAAGUCGAGCCCUAUCCUCAUUAAGAGUGAUGGCACUGUCUUCUAG